CAGUUUUAUAGGAGUCGCUAAUAGUUUUAUAUAUAUGGAAUAUUUUGCUGUUAUUGGAUGAUAUGAACUUUGAAGUAUACAAUAAUCACACCAUUUUUUUAACUUAAAACUUCCUGUUUCAGUAUUAGUUAAAAGGGUUCCAUUAAACCUUUGGAGCGGAAAAAUGUCUCCUACCAAGAAUGGGUUAGAUACUACCAGUAUCAAUAAUACUACUGCUACUACUAAUACUACUUCUAAUAACAAUAAUAAUACUAAUAGUAAUAAUAAUAAACAAAAUGAUUCUACUAAACAAAAAAUAACCAAAUCAAGAAAUGGGUGUCUAACUUGUAAGAAGAAACGUCUUAAGUGUGAUGAAACAAAGCCCGAAUGUCUCAAUUGUCAAAAGAAGAAUAUCGAAUGUGGAGGUUAUGCCACUAAUUUUAAAUGGAGAUCAUUUAAUGAUUCAUCAAAUGAUUUUCAAAAUGUAAGUAGUAAUAAAUCAAGUAAUGAUUCUUUCAGAAGACAUCUUGAAUUGGCAUCCUUAUCAGUCACAGGGAAGUCAAUUAAGGAUAUAAAGAUUGAAAAUGAUUUGAUAUCUAAAGGGUUGAAUCCUCAAAGUUAUAAACGUAGAAAUACUCAUUCACAUUCCAAUCUCAAUUCCAAUUCCAAUUCUAAUUCUAAUAGUAACAUAUCUGUAAAAAGUACUCAAACAAGUGUAACAUUAAAGAGAAGUAAUAGUGAAGCAAAGAUAAAACUAGAACAUAAUAAUAAUAAUAAUUCUAAUAUUAAUGGAUCUAAUUUACAAAGAUCUUAUAGUCAUAAUAGUGGAAAUCGACUUGAAUCUUUAGCGGAUGUGGCAGUCGAUGAAAUAAAAAGAUCACCUUCUGUUUCAGGUAAGGAAUUAUAUAUUCGAAAUACGAAUAAUUUAAGUCCAUUUCCUCAAGCUUUUUCACCCAAUUUUACCGACUUUAUGAGAUCCACUGUCGGAGAUGAUAAUUUUUCAAAGGAUAAUAAAUUUAAAGAAAACUCCUUAGAAUCCUUUGAUAUCAACUUAACUCCUUCCCUUUCAGCUAUUAUUAAUUUUGCAGUUAAUAUGGAAGACAAUACUGUUUCAAUACAAACUCCUAUACCUACAAGUAUGUCACAUCGUUCAUUAAUAAAAACUUCAGAACAAGAACAAAUUCUUCUUUUAUAUUCUGAAUACACUUGUUCUAUUAUGUCUAUUAAAAAUGGAGCCCAAGAGAAUCCCUGGAGGAAAAUGAUUAUACCAUUAUCAUCGAAAUAUCCAUGUCUUUUUAAUUCAAUUGCAUGUAUGACCCUAUUUCAUUUGGCAGGUAAUACUCAAUUCACUUGUACAAUUGGUGAUUUACGAUCUAAAGGUUAUGCAUAUAUGAAACGAUGUAUUUUAGAAUUAGCUAGUGGAUUAACUAGAAUGAAUAGUAGUGAUGCAGAAUCUGCUUAUGAAUUACCAGCUGAUAUUGCUUUAAUAACUUGUUUGAAUUUAGCUGUUAGUGAAUCUUGGAAUACUCAUAUCACUAGUGGGAUUGCUCAUUUAAAGGGAGCUAAAUCAAUGAUUCAAAAAGUCUUGACUUUAUUAAAAGAUCAACAAAAUAGUAUCAAUAAGAAAAAGCAAGAAAUUAUUAAUUCUCCUACCCCUAUAGACGGAGACUUUGCUUAUCUGGAAUUUAUGAAAUCCAAAUUACUUGAUUUAAAAAGGAAAUUAGUGAUUGUAGAGGAUUCAGAGUGGAAAUCAAUGUUUAAUGAUAAAAGUGAUAUAUCUGGUAAUAAUGGAGAUAAACAAAUCGAGAAGACUAUCCCAAUUCCUCAAACUUUACAGUUUUUAUUUAAUAACUGGAUCUAUUUUGAGGUGUUAGCUCAGAUGACAACUGAUACAAAUUAUGAUGAUAAGGGAAUUGAUUUGGUUGCUACUAUAACCACAAUUGAAGCCGGAGCCAGUGUUAAAUCUGACUCAACUGAGCUGAGUUUUGGUGCUAGCUCUAAUGGAGCUGGUUUUACUUUCUUUGAUAACUUUGAUAGUUUCAGUUAUAGUACUGAUUAUGUGGAUCCAUUAUUGGGUUGUGCACAAUCUCUCUUUCUGAUUAUGGGGAAAGUUGCUAACUUAAUUGCUAAGGUUAGAAAAAUCAAACGUAGUGAAAAGUUUAAAGGUAAUAGUAGAAAUUCAUUAACUACAAUUACAUUGGCUACUGAAUUAAAGAGACAAUUAAUUGAAUGGAAACCUACUAUUACUGCCGAGAUGGUUAAUCAAGCAGGAAUGUAUGAAGAUAAUAAUAAUUGUAGUAAGUGGGAUAUACCAUCAUGUAUAGCCACUGCCGAAGCUUAUAGAUUUGCUACAUUAUUAUAUUUACAUCAAGCUGUACCAGAAAUCCCAUCAAGUGGAUCUCAUCAAUUGGCUGAAAAGAUAUUUAUAUUAUUAGCUUCUAUUCCUACUAAUUCAGAUUUACAUACUAUUCUUAUCUUUCCAUUAUUAGUAGGAUCAUGUGAAGCUGAACCUGGUGAAGAAAGAGAAUGGUGUGAAGAUAGAUGGGCAUUAUUAUCACAAAAAUUAUGGAUUGGGAAUAUAGAUAGAGCAUUUGAAGUUGUUAAAGAAGUUUGGAAGCGUAAGAAUGAGUAUAUAAGAAAAAUGAAACAAGAAAGUAGAAGCCAUUCAGGUACUAAACAAACUGAAGAUGAAGAUUCCUUAAGAAAUAUAUCUGUACAAAUUAGUGGAUUAAUGGCUGUGAUUAAUAAUGACCAAAAUUCUACAUCUAUUGAUGAUAUUAAGGGAGGCAUUACAUCAAGAUUACAUUGGAGUAGUGUCAUGAAAGAAUGGGGAUGGGAAGUUUUAUUGGGUUAA